AAAGUUUUUUGUGAUCGUUUGGGAGUAAAGAAUGUUCAAUUUGUGCUUUCUUUGAUCCGGUCACAUCGAAAAUCAUCAUUCUUAUUGUCAAGAACGAGUGCAGCCAGCAAGCCCCACAUCUAUUCAUCAAGAAUAAAUACUACAAACGCGAGACUUUAACAUUGUCUUUCUCGAUUUCUAUUUCUCAUUGACAACCACAUCGUCCAAUUCUGCCUGCUUAAGAAAGGCCGCAAAGAAGAUUGAUAGCAAGUCAUAAAUCUCAUUGUUUUCGCUCAAUCUGCUAUCUGAUGACCUUUCAUCCAACCAUCACUCAAGAUGCGUGCCGAAACGUUUGAAAUCCGUUGGCAUGAUACCCAACCAAUCUUCUCAUGCGCCUUUCAACCAAUCUCUGCCGCUCAUUUACGUCGUGUAUUGGAACAUAAUCGUGCUCAAGCAGCAGGUUUAGAAUACGGAAAAGUGUUACCUGAUAGCGAUCAAGCCGGUCCAAGCAAAACAAAUGCUGCACCUGGCCCUUCUACCGUUCCAGCCACAGCAGCAACGAUCAAUGGAACACCACAAUCAAAACUCUCCUCCAUCCCACUAAGUGCACAAGGACAAAGUUGGCGUUUUGCAACUGCUGGAGGUGAUAAUCAUGCACGUAUUUGGAUGGUACAUCCCAACAUUCCUUCACCAGCAGCUUUGGCAGCUGCAGCACAAGUAUCUGGAACGGUUUCUAAACAUCCACCACGUGUUGAAUAUCGUGCAACUUUGCGUCGUCAUGGAGGAGUGGUAAAUUGUGUUCGUUUCAGUCCAAAAGAAGACCUUUUAGCUACAACGGGAGAUGAUGGAAUGGUUUUGAUUUGGUUACCUUCAGACGGUCCUCCUUCCACUUUUGGAUCAAAUUUUGACGAAGACGGAGAUGCAGAAUUCGCAAAAGAACAUUGGCGUUUACGUACUAUGUGCAGAGCGUCCCCCUCUGAAAUUUACGAUUUGGCUUGGUCGCCAAGCGGUGAUGCUUUGGUAGUUGGCGGCACAGAUUUCGUUGCGAGAAUCAUCAAUGUGAAUGAUGGAACAGUCAUACGUGAGAUUUCUGAACAUAAUCAUUACAUUCAAGGGGUAACCUGGGAUCCAUUGAGCGAGUACAUCGCAACACAGAGUAGCGAUCGCUCUGUGCAUGUUCAUCAAUUACAAGGCAGAGGCGUGAACGAUUUGACGGGAACGCAACUAGUCAGUAGAAAUACAAAGAUGGAUCUAACACAUCGUAGAAAUGCAAGCAAUAACGGUCAAUUCAUUUGGGAUCAUAUGUCCAGACCUUCUGCCAAGAGAAGGGCCAGCAGUCAUGCAAGCGAUAGCGAACGUGAGUCUCAGCCCCCACAUGCAGCAGCACCUGCUGGAAGAUCGACGAUUGGCAAGAGAACGCAGAGAAGCAGUACACCAUUGGAGAUCGUUGCUCCCAAUGUUGCGUCAUCUUCAGCUCCAACAGGCAACAGUGCGAAUGCAAUCGCACAAACGCCUUCUUCUGCUUCUUCAAACAGUGGUCAAAACCCUCGUGCUGCUACACCAACGCAACAUCAAAGCCCGGCACCCGUUCACCCACAUUCGAUGAACCCUCCUCAAAGGACACCUAGCCGAAGAUCAAGCUUUAGUGGAUCACAGAUCGGAUCACCUCCAACAAGUGCAACCUCUUUAGCUCCUUCCUAUCCGCCAAGCUUGAUCAAUAACGCUCAAAUUGCCAGUGGCUCAACUCCGGUAAAAGCUAUUCCAGAACGACCUGGAAGUAGUGCCUCACGUUCAGCCUCUCGCAAUCGUGGUUUUACACCACGUUCACCUUCUCCAGCACCACCCCUGCCUGCUAUUCGAGCACCACCUUCGCCGAAACAAAGAAUGGCCGCUUUGCAAGCUUCCAGUGCUGGAUCGAUGGCUAGAUUGGGAAUGCGUUUGUAUGGUGAUGAAAGCUUUAGUGGAUUCUUCCGUAGGUUGAGCUUCAGUCCUGAUGGUGCACUGUUGGUAACGCCAACGGGAAUCUUUGAGAGUACAAGUGCGCCAGCAGGAUCGACAAAUGUGAUGCAAUCACCUGCCAGUCCAACCGUUGCAUCUUUAGGUCGUGAAGCUGCUAGUCCCGGAAGUCCACUCUUGCCAAAUCAACCUGCUGCCCAACAUCCACCACCACCAGCAUCUGGACCACAAAGGAGUACCGUGUACCUAUAUGCUCGCGGCAAUUUGCACAAGAGCAAUGCACCUAUUGCUCACUUGCCGGGCCACAAGACUGCAACGCUUGUUGUGAAGUUCUCACCCAUUUUAUACGAGUUACGAAGAGGAGGGUCUACUGGUAGAAUCAAUUCUGAAGAAGAUGGAAUCGCACCACAUCCAACAAUCCCAUUAGAGGCUGGAAAGCAAAAGACUGUUGCAUUAAGCUCAGCAGCCUCUGUGGCUGGUGGAGUGGCAUCGAGUGCAUCUGUGAGCGGUGGAAAUGGUGCUUCGAAUGUGGAAGAAACGAGUGAAGGUGGAGAUGCGAACACCACACCCAAGCAAUCUACCGCCUCAGCACCACCUGCAAGUAUGAUUGGAUUACCUUAUCGAAUGAUCUUUGCAGUUGCAACACACGAUUCGGUUUGGAUUUACGAUACACAACAAGGUGGACCGUUGUGUUGUUUCAGUAAUAUGCAUUAUGCAAGCUUUACGGAUCUUACAUGGUCACCUGACGGACAAACGUUAAUGAUGUGUUCAACAGAUGGAUAUUGUUCAAUCGUUGUAUUUGAUUAUGGUGAAUUAGGACAACCUUAUACGUAUGCCUCACAACCUUCAUUACAACAACCUGUUGCACCUAUUCCAACGGCAAAACUUUCUGGUUCACCUAUGUUACGUAGAGCAAGCGCGCAAAGUUUGCCGGGAAGUACGAUUCCUGUUGCUGGAUCUCAUGGUACACCUCCUUCAGCGUCUGGCAAUGUGUGUGGAAGUGGUAGUUUGGCAGGUGGCGGAAGUGGAUUAGGAAACGGAUUGAGUCCAUCGUUGGGACUAGGAUUGGCAACUGGCAAUGCGACGGAAGGAGACUCCAAAUCGAUGCGUGAAAUUGAUCCGCCAGUCGUACCUGCAAGUGCGAUAGGAAGUAUCCCUGCUUCUGUUGGAACGAUGGAAAGUGAUGCAAGCGGUAUUUCAAGCAGCGAAGGCCCUUCAACAGCGAAUGAUGCUACACGCAAAAAGCGCAGAAUUGCUCCCACCCUUGAAGGUCCAAUUGGAAGCUGAUUGCACAAGCAAUAGUAGUCGUACACAAAUUCAGUAUAUUCAGAUCGAUCGUGUUUAAUUAGUACCCUUUUCUUGCCCAUAUUGGCAUGUUGAUAUGAUG